CUGCUGAACUAACAGCUAAAGACUCUUUACUACCUACUGCUGAACUAACACCUAGAGACACUUUACUACCUACUGCUGAACUAACAGCUAGAGACACUUUACUACCUACUGCUGAACUAACACCUAGAGACACUUGACUACCUACUGCCAAACUAACACCUAGAGACACUUUACUACCUAUUGCUGAACCUACAACUAGAGACACUUAACUACUUACUGCUGAACUAACUCCUAGAGACACUUUACUACCUACUGCUGAACCAACAACUAGAGACACUUUACUACCUACUGCUGAACUAACACCUAGAGACACUUUACUACCUACUGCUGAACCAACAAUCAGAGACACUUUACUAUCUGCUGCUGAACCAACAAUCAGAGACACUUUACUACCUACUGCUGAACUAACAGCUAAAGACAAAUGCAAGGAGCUUGACAAAGCUCCUGGAGAGCGAAACGUUGCCACAAUAAAAUGUCACAUUAGUGGCACUUGUGUCCUUUUACUUUACACAACUGAAGACACUUAUUGUACUGCUCAACCAGCACACCUGGAGGCACUCUUCAUGCUGCUGAUAAUGUCGCUGUUGAAGCACUUUAAGUAGCAAACAAGUCACAAUUCAUGCACUCAUAAGGAGAAGUGACCCUCUAAACAAAGUACGUACAUUUAUCCAAGAGAAGAAGUUGACAGCAAGAGCCAGCAUCACAAUGGCACGGUGAUUCCCACACUGCUUGCGCUGACAACAAUAUCCUAGGUUUAGUGCCACCCCAUGAAUAUAAAAAUAGAAGAUAAACUACAAGUAUCUGGAAGCAGGAAGAAGGAUGCCUCUUCUGCUGGUCUCUGGCUUCCCCUCCUCUGGAAAGACCACAAGAACACUUCAGAUAAAAACUUACUUAGAGAAAGAGAAGAAUAAGAAUGUUGUGGUUGUCAGUGAGAACAAUUUACUUGGUGAGGGAAAAAAUGAAGUCUUUAGAGAUUCAAGACGAGAGAAGGAUAUACGUGGUGCUCUCAAGGCUGACGUUAUUAGGUUGUUGAAUAAAGAGGAUGUGGUGAUUUUGGAUGCUGCAAAUUACAUCAAAGGCUACAGAUAUGAGUUAUAUUGUGCAUCAAAACAAAUUAAAACCACACAGUGCCUAGUUCAUUGCUUGGCCCCCAUUGAACAGGCAUGGACAUGGAACCAGGCAAGACAGGAAGCAGAGCAGUAUGCUCGAGAAGUGUUUGACGAACUUGUGAUGAGAUACGAGGCUCCCAACAGUAGUAAUAGAUGGGAUUCUCCAAUGUUCACCAUCUUGCCAGAAGACGCACCACCAUAUGAAUUCAUUUAUGAUGCUUUAUACCUGUGCAAGCCGCCUCCACCCAACCAGUCUACACAGACUCAGCCACUAUCAUCCACAAAUUUUCUCUUUGAGCUAGAUCGUACAACACAGGAGGUGACAAGCUGUAUUAUGUCAGCCCAGAAAAUUAUGGUAGCUGGAGACAACAUCAAGGUUCCUGGGGUUGAAGAAACUGUAUGUUUUGGGCAUAAGGUAAUUGACCAGGUAGUGCAAAAUACCCGAGCUCGGAGACAGUUUAUCUCCUACACAAAGAUGCACCCUGUUGAAGAUGCCAGCAAGCUGAUGGCUUUGUUUGUUCGAUACCUCAACAGUACUUUAGGGUGAUAAGAUUUGUGGUAUUUUUUUAUGUUCUAGAAUUAAUGAAUAGAUGUAUAGUAUUCAAAGUAUAUUUGUAAAUAUUUAUAUUUCAUGAAUAAAAUAAUUUGCCUUAUCUCUUCAUGUAUUUUGAAACUACAGUACAUUAAUCUGGGCGAUGUGCUAAGAUUUUUUUUUUUAAACCAUUUUUCCCCAAGAUAGGGUGAGCCCCAAAAAGAAAAAAAAAAAAAAAAAAAAAAAAAAUCACCAUUCAAUAGCCUUCUUGCUCAGACAUUCAAAUGACCUUCUGAACUGAAUCAUUCUAAUUGUGUUGUGUGUAACAGCAAGACAUUUAAUGAAGGAUGGUAAAAGGGCGACUCAGAAAAGUACACACAAUCUCGAGGAAUGAUAACUGGUAUUGAAAUGUACUAAGAUAUAUCAUCCAGAUUGAAUGUAGAUUUAAAGUAGAUGAAGAGAAGGGAAAUUAUUGAAUCUGAAAUACAAAUACUAUUUAUUAAAGCAGGGAAUUAUAUGUUUUCAAACAGCUGAAUGAAAUUUUCAUUUUUGACUUCUUCAAUGAUUAAUGAAAAUUUAAAAACAUGACAAAUGUACAACAAAUUAUAUUUUGUGCUUAGAAUACAUGCUAGAUAUAAUACACUAAGUGCUCAUUGCUAGAUUAUCAUUAUAUAAGUGUAGCAAGUUAGGAAAGGAAUAUAUAUGAUGCUAAAUAACAAAAAGGCACAAUACUAUGACUGGAAUACACAAAUAACCAGCACAUACAAGAGAGGGGAGCUUACAACAUUUCAGUCUGACUUGGACCAUUUACAAAGUCACAUUGACAGAGGAGAGAAGGGGGGCAGUACAUAUAGGCCAGCAGACAGGGAUGAAACAAGAGGUAGCAGGACAGGAAGUAGUGGUAAUAAUAGUGGAGUCAGACUAAGAAAGAGGAGCACUGCAGGAGAGCUAGGUCCCCCCUCUCCUUGUUUUUGUUCUUACCCUUUGUGGGCCCCUAGCUCUCCUGCAGUGCUCUUCUUGGUCUGACUCCACUAUUACUACCUCUACUUCCUGUCUUACUACCUCUCUUGUCCCGUCCUUGUCUGCUGGCCUAUAUAUACUGCCCCCGUCUCUCUUCUGUUAGUGUGACUUUGUAAAUGGUCUAAGUCGAACUGAAAUGUCAUCGUGAGCUCCUCUUCUAUGUAUGGGUUAUUUGUGUAAUAUAGAUGCUAAAUAUAAAACCUUUAUAAUUAUUUAAAGAUUUGUAAGUUCAGAAUUAAUGAUUGUUAAAAAUACCCUUUACAUUCUUCCCACAUUGGGCUUUAUCAAGUAUACAGCAGAUAUGAAAGAAUGGUUUAUGGAAUCUACAUGGAAUGAUGUCAGUGCUUGUGUAGUAAGGUUACUAAAUUGUGCUCAGUAAUCACCUCUUACUUGGAUACACAAACAACCAUCCCAUUGUGUUAGAUGAUGAUAAGUUUAACAAGUUCUAGCAUCUCACUUUUGUUAGUCUGGUGACAGUUUCGAACAAGCAGACCAUAUAUUGAUGCCUGACAUAAUCAUGGAUCAAUUGUCCCAUACCACAUGGUCAAUAGCCUCAUACAUGGGCUUUCAAUUUUACCUCUAUAGCCCAUGGGACAAUACUCUGCUAGUCACUCGGAAUUGUUUUGCUCCAGCUGCCUGAAUACCUUCCAUCCCCCACCCCACAUGCACUGUAUAAUCCUACAGGUUUAGCACUCCUCUGUGACUAUAAUACUCCUUGUGGACUAUGUAAGGCAGCAGAUAAAAUGUAUGAUACCAUGUUGGGUGAGACAAAGGAACACCAUUUCUAUUUUCUAAGUGUUUGCCAUUCUGUCCAAUCUCUAUAAUUAUGGGCAAGUGCUAACCAAUUAAUUUAAUGAUUUAAGGGAGCACCAAAUUCCUUAUAUCUUUUAAUUUAAUCAGGGGGGGAAGUAUUAAACCUGUAGAGGCCACAGUACCUGGGUAAUGGAAGACAAUCAAUUUGAUCCAAAGAAAGGAUAAGUCCAGCUCCUUGAACAAACUGCCUCGACCAAUAUUAAGACUCUUCUAAGCGAUUUCCUUGCUGGUGAAUGGCUCAUCAAGGAACUGAACUUUCCCUCCUCCUUGGAUCAAAUUUGAUUGCUUUCAUUCCCCAGGCUCUGUUUAGUGGUUAUCCUAAUCACAUCCUUGGGAUGUCUUAGUCUUUCACUAGCAUCAAGAAACAAACAGCAUUUUUGAAGUUUAGUAAAUAAAAUACAUAUAAAUGAUUACA